GAUGCAGCCGGAAGCGGAAGUGAGGCACUGUGUCCCUCGCCCGCGCUACCGGGGCAAUGGCGGGCGGUGCCGAGGCGGCGCGGCUGAGGGCUGAGAUCGGCCGGCAAGAGCAGGAGCUGCGCGGCCUACGCGAGCAGCUGGCCGCCUUGAUGGCGGGGGAGGGCGCCUCGGCAGCCGAGGAGGGUCCCGCCGCCGUGGGGGAGGGCCCCGCCGCUCUCCCGGGCCCUCUGCCCGACCUGCCCGCCCAGGCCUCGCUGAGCGCCGCCGCCAUCCUGAGGUACAGCCGGCAGCUGGUGUUGCCCGAGCUGGGCGUGCGGGGGCAGCUGCUCCUGGCCCGCUGCUCCGUGCUCGUGGUGGGCUGCGGCGGCCUGGGCUGCCCACUCGCUCAGUACCUGGCCGCGGCCGGCGUCGGCCGCCUGGGGCUGGUGGAUCACGACGUGGUGGAGACGAGUAACCUGCACCGGCAGGUGCUGCACGGGGAGGCCGGCCGGGGGGUCCCCAAGGCCCUGUCGGCCGCGGCGGCGCUGCGGCGGCUGAACUCCACCGUGCAGUACGUGCCUUACUGCGGCGCCCUGAGCCCGGGCACGGCCCUGCAGCUGGUGCGGCAGUACGACAUUGUCGCCGACUGCUCCGACAACGUCCCCACCAGGUACCUGGUGAAUGACGCCUGCGUCCUGGCCGGGAAGCCCCUGGUGUCCGGCAGCGCCCUCCGUCUGGAGGGGCAGCUCGUGGUGUACAACUACCAAGGGGGGCCCUGCUACAGGUGCCUCUUCCCUGAGCCCCCGCCGCCAGAGACGGUGACGAACUGUGCAGAUGGGGGAGUGCUGGGCGUCGUGCCGGGCAUCAUGGGGUGCAUCCAGGCCUUGGAAGUGCUGAAGAUCGCUUCGGGAAUGGGUUCCUCCUUCAAUCAAUUCAUGCUGAUGUUUGAUGCCCGUGAAGGGAGAUUUCGCAACAUCAAGUUAAGACCGAAGAAGCCAGACUGUGCUGUUUGCGGUGACAAUCCGUCUGUCACCUGUCUUCAGGAUUACGAGGCGUUUUGUGGCUCUUCCGCAACAGACAAGUGUAGGACUUUACAUCUGCUGUCCAGCAAAGACAGGGUAUCUGUAGAGGAAUACAAAAAACUGUUGGAUGAUCAGGUUCCACAUGUAUUGUUAGAUGUUCGUCCGCAGGUAGAAGUGGAUAUCUGCCGCCUGGUACAUGCUGUCCACGCUCCCUUGAGUAAAUUAGAAGAAAAAGACAAAGAAUAUCUGGAAUAUUUAGAAAAAAGAAUUUGUGAAGAAAAGCAGAGAACUAAUGGCCAGACAUCUUUUCCUGUAUAUGUUGUUUGCAAAUUAGGAAAUGACUCCCAGAAGGCUGUAAGAAUUCUGCAGGAGUUACCUGUCAAAGCGUUUGGUUCUCUGUUAGUUAAGGAUAUUAAAGGGGGGCUCAUGGCUUGGGCCAGUAAAAUUGACCCAACAUUUCCUCAGUAUUAAAAAUUUAAACAGUGAAAAAAAAAUACAAAUGUACGUAGUACAUUCCAUAGGGUUUCAUCUUCUCUGUGUAAUGACUAUAUCAUAUGGAUAAAACAGGAGAUAGAAAUGCCAUGUUGCUUUUUUUAAUAGUAGUUUCCAUUUUUCAAAGAAAUUAUGUAUUUUUGUAGAUGUCUGAUUAUUUUUAUAAAAAUGUGAAACUAACUGUGGAAAUUGAAAGAAGCUUGUUUCUUGGUUAUUGUUUAAUAGUGAAAACUUGGAAUAACUACUGAAUUGUGCAUGUGGUAAUUGAGAAUGACUCCUAAUUAGUAAUUAUAGCCUGGAGAAUGACAAAGAACAGGAGUCAAGUGUUGAAAAUUUUUACUCAUUCUCCUAACUGCCUAAGAAAGUGAAACAGUGACCAAAUAAAAUAACUGUCUGUUAAUCUUUACCUGGUCUGUUAAGCCUAUCGUAGGGAAUUGCCAAGACAAUGCUGACAAGACUGUUCUGGUCAACAUCUAUUAGUUCUUUCUAGAAGCAUUGUGUACUUAUGAAAGAGAGCUGUUCACUGCAACUAACAGCACCUACAGCACAGGGGUUCUGUUAAGAACUUCUAGGGCCAUCCGUCCUCAUUUGUUACCUGGCAAAAAAGUGUGUUCUGCGAUUUGCAUAGAGAAACCAAGGUUAAGCGUUAAUAAGAUGUGAGUUUGAGCCCAGAAAGUUUGUAAAACAUACAGAAAAUGCUUUUGUGAGGGCUUGGAGGAUUUCAGAGAUUGAGAGAUGGAGAGGAGGUGGGAGAGAAAAAAACAGAUGUGUGGCCUCCCUUCUGCAAAUACAAAGACAUAUUUUGUAAGUUUUGUCCCUGCUUGUUGCUGUAGUUGCAUAUCCCCAGCUGUACCGCAUCAUUUUGUUAAGUGGCGUGAAGAGCUAUGCAUAUCUAAAAAGUUCUUGUAGAUGAACUGAGUGGGAAGAAAAAUAAAUGGCUUGUCAACAGCGA